ACAAAAGCUCCACCGCUGAUCCAUCUGUAUACCAAAACUUUGAAGAACAAGAAGGCUUUGAUUAGUAAAGAAAAAACCCUCAAUCGAAGUCAAAAGAAAUGGCCUCAUUCGAGCAAGCGCCGCCCGGUAAUGCGAAAGCUGGGGAGAAGAUCUUCAAGACCAAGUGCGCCCAGUGCCACACCGUAGAAAAAGGCGCUGGUCACAAACAAGGGCCAAACCUGAAUGGGCUUUUUGGGAGGCAAUCCGGCACAACUCCAGGGUACUCUUAUUCCGCUGCUAACAAAAAUAUGGCUGUGAAUUGGGGAGAGAACACAUUGUAUGAUUACUUGCUUAAUCCUAAGAAGUACAUUCCUGGGACAAAGAUGGUUUUCCCUGGAUUGAAGAAGCCACAGGAUCGUGCUGACCUUAUUGCUUAUCUGAAGGAAUCAACUGCCUGAUGGGUCUGCUUUAUAUCAGCUAUUUUGGAACGAAGGAAGAGUUUUGCUCAAUGAUUUAUUUAUUUUUACAUGAUAAUAAAAUGACUAGGCAAUUCUUGAAAUGAAGAGAGAAAACAGUCAACAGCUCCAAGAUAAUCUGGGUUUUGGAGUUGAAAGAUUUCGAGUAUUAUCAACCUCAAUAAAAGGUGAGGCUUCUUGAAGUUUUCAUGAAACAUUGAAGAUUUAUUCGAGCCCCAACAGUUUGUUAUGAUAUCUUAAUUCUUUAUGAGAUUUGGAUGAUGGAUAA